AUGGCGGAACCGAACUACAGUCACUUUCGAUACUUCGAAAACAAGUACCCCGAGAUCGAUGAGUUCGUCAUGGUCAACGUCAAGCAGAUUGCCGAGAUGGGUGCCUACGUCAAGCUUCUCGAGUACGACAAUAUUGACGGCAUGAUUCUGCUUUCUGAGCUCUCGAGACGUCGUAUCAGAAGUAUCCAGAAGCUCAUCCGUGUGGGCCGUAACGAGGUCGUCGUCGUCCUGCGUGUCGACAAGGAGAAGGGUUAUAUCGAUCUUUCAAAGCGUCGUGUGUCGCCAGAGGAUAUCAUCAAGUGCGAGGAGCGGUACAACAAGGGCAAGAUGGUUCACUCCAUCAUGCGCCAUGUCGCCGAGAAGACCCUUACCCCGAUCGAACAGCUCUACGAGACCAUCGCAUGGCCUCUCAACAAGAAGUACGGCCAUGCGAUUGACGCCUUCAAGCUGUCUAUCACCAACGCCGAGGUCUGGAACGACGCCACCUUCCCCAGCGAGGCCGUUUCCGAGGAGUUGAAGUCAUAUAUCGCGAAGCGUCUCACCCCCCAACCUACGAAGGUCCGUGCCGACGUCGAGGUCACUUGCUUCGGAUACGAGGGUAUCGACGCCGUCAAGAACGCCCUGCGCACCGCUGAGGCGCGCAACGACGACCAGACCCAGGUCAAGGUCAGACUUGUGUCCCCUCCCCUGUACGUUCUGACCAGCACGUGCCUGGACAAGAACCUCGGUAUCUCACGCCUCGAGGAGGCCAUUGUCGAGAUCCGCAACAGUAUCGAGGCUGCCGGCGGCUCUUUGGUGGUGAAGAUGGAGCCUAAGGCCGUUACGGAGAGCGACGACGCCGAGCUGCAGGCUCUCAUGGAGAAGAGGGAGCGCGAGAACGCCGAGGUCAGCGGUGACGAGAGUGUCAGCGAGAGCGACGACAACCCGGAGGUUUAG